AUGAAUUGCUUUUCAUGCUUUUAUUUCCAUGAAAAGAAAAAAACUCCCAAAGAUUCAGAUAACAGCCGCCGGAGAAAUGGAGAGUUGACCGGUAGAGACAACAACAAAACUCACCCUGAUAUUCCAAAUAAGACUGGAGAUGAGCAGAACAAGAACAAUGAUGCAGAAAAAGAAAUAACCAACAACAUUGCUGCUCAAACCUUCACCUUCAGGGAGCUAGCUACUGCCACCAAAAAUUUCAGACAAGAAUGUCUGAUCGGUGAAGGCGGCUUUGGUAGGGUUUACAAGGGCAAACUCGAAAAGUGUGGCAAGAUUGUGGCAGUGAAGCAGUUAGAUAGAAAUGGUCUGCAAGGGAACAAAGAGUUCAUCGUAGAAGUGUUGAUGUUAAGUCUCUUGCAUCACAAGCAUCUCGUGAAUCUCAUUGGUUAUUGUGCUGAUGGAGAUCAGAGACUUCUUGUCUAUGAGUAUAUGUCACGUGGUUCCCUUGAAGAUCAUCUCCUCGAACUAACACCUGACCAAGUACCAUUGGAUUGGGACACAAGGAUCAGAAUCGCCCUAGGAGCCGCAAUGGGUCUUGAAUACUUGCAUGACAAGGCAGAUCCUCCUGUGAUCUAUAGAGAUCUCAAGGCAGCUAAUAUCCUUUUGGACAGUGACUUCAACGCCAAGUUAUCUGAUUUUGGGCUAGCGAAGCUAGGUCCUGUCGGAGACAAACAACAUGUGUCUUCAAGAGUUAUGGGAACUUAUGGGUACUGUGCUCCUGAGUAUCAGAGAACCGGUCAGUUAACCAUUAAAUCUGAUGUUUAUAGCUUCGGAGUUGUGUUGUUGGAACUGAUCACUGGUCGAAGAGUUAUUGAUACGACCAGACCCAAAGAUGAACAGAACCUAGUGACUUGGGCACAACCAGUGUUCAAAGAACCGAGUAGAUUCCCCGAGUUAGCGGAUCCAAGUCUGGAAGGAGUGUUCCCGGAGAAAGCACUUAACCAGGCAGUGGCUGUUGCUGCAAUGUGUUUACAGGAAGAGGCAACGGUACGGCCACUCAUGAGCGACGUUGUGACCGCUCUCGGUUUCUUGGGAACUGCUCCUGAUGGCUCUAUCUCUGUUCCACACUACGACGACGUUUCCCCUCCUCAGCCGUCGGGUGAAACGUCCCGUGAGGAUCCUGCGGCGGCUGAGGAACGGGAGAGAGCCGUGGCAGAGGCAAUGGAGUGGGGAGUAGCUUCAAGGGCACAUUCUCGGAACCCAAGUGCAGCACAGUCUCUAAAUCCAAGUGCAGCACAGUCUCUAAAUCCAAGUGCAGCACAUUCCAGGAACCCAAGUGCUUCUUGA